CUUUAAUCCACCAUGCAGGAAGUCAGGACAUUUUUGUGGGUGCGAACAAUGGUUGGCAGAAACAACACAGCCGCUCUGCUCCGGUCACUUUAUCCUGCUUUUAUCCCUGGCAGUGAAGUCCCUUUAACCAGACGGCCGCUGUGUUUGCACCCAUAAUAAGUAAACUCUCCAACUGUUCACUGAUAAGCCUGCAGCCUCGGCGGGACAGGAAAAAUCUUGGAUCAUCUUGGCCACUUCCACUUUGGUUUUCCCCUUCACUGGUUUCCCGUUCACGCCUGUGAUUUCAUCGCCGGCUGCCAGAGUCCCAUCCAGAGCUGCGGGGGUGUUAUCAAAGACCUGGGAGACAACACAUUAAAAAAGUGCAGAAAGACUUCCAUCAGCUGCAGGAGUGUUGACCAACAGCAACACCAAAAUGACCAUGCAGCUUGAAAUGAAGAAUCUGAGUCUGACAGCCGGAGACAGGCUGAAGGUGAAGGGGAUCAUCCAGCAUGAUGCUGAGAGAUUCAAGAUCGAGCUCGGCUCUGGCACAGACGACAUCGCGCUGCACUUUAACCCUCGUUUUGACGACGACGCUGAUGGAUCCGUUCUUGUUUUCAACUCUAAGACUGCUGGCUCUUGGGGCAAUGAGAUACGAGACACACACAACCCCCUUCACAGGGGCGGAGAGGUCAAGCUGGGGUUGAUGCUGGCUGGAGACGUGUUUGAGGUGGAGCUUCCUGACGGACAGCAAGUGCAGUUUCCCAACCGUGAGAAUGUGGAUGUCAUCAACUACGUCAGAAUCGCAGGAGACUUCAAACUGACUUCCUUUAAGAUCUGCUAAAAGACUCCUGUAGCGCAUGCAUUGGUUAAAGAUGAGACUUUUAAACGGUUACUGUAAGAAAUAUUGUUGAAGGGUUUAGAUCUUCAAUGUGAAUUUGAAAUGUUAUUUAAAAUGUCCCGUUGUGCACAAGAAAAUAAAAUGUUUGAAUUCAAAUGA